AUGGCGGUACGCAUAGGCCUCAUAGGCCUUGGGAUGAUUGGGCGGGACCAUCUACAACGCUUCCAGAAAGUCAUCGUCAAUGCCAAAGUGACUGCGGUCUGCGACAUCAACUCCACAGUUGCCAACUCCAUCGCCCAAGACACCAACGCCAAACCCUACACCAACGCCACCGAUCUCGUCAACUCCCCCGACGUCGACGCAAUCUUCAUCUGCUCCAUCGGCGAAGUCCACAAAGACCAGAUCCUCGCUUCCAUAGCCGUAGGCAAACCCGUCUUCUGCGAGAAACCCCUCACCCCGACCGCCUCGGAAGCACAAGAAAUCAUCAACGCUGAGACCCAACACGGCUCCCGCCUGCUCCAGCUCGGCUUCAUGCGUCGCUUCGAUCCAGGCUACUUGGCGCUGAAAGAACAAAUCGACUCCCGAGCUCUUGGAGAGACGCUCUUGAUGCACAUGGCCCACCGCAAUCCUUCGAUGCCGGGCCACUUCACGCAGGAGAAACUCAUCAACGAUUCCGCCACGCACGAGAUAGACAUUAUCCGCUUCCUGCUAGACGAAGACAUCGUGUCUGUUCGCAUCGACAAACCUAGGAAGCAGACUCCCCGUGUACCGGGAGGAUUCCACGACCCGUUGAUUGUCAUCUUCGAAACGUCCUCGGGCGUGAGAGUUGACGACGAAUUAUUCGUAAAUUGCAAUUACGGCUACGACAUUCGGUGUGAAGUCAUUGGCGAGAACAACACCGCGGAGCUGAACGAGCAAGCCCUUAUAUCAACGAGGACAGCCAAUGGUGCAGGCGCGAGGAUUGCGCAAAGUUGCAUGGAAAGGUUCGCAGUGGCUUAUGGUCGGGAGGUGCAGAAUUUCGUUGAUAAUGUGUUCAAUCGGCGGCCGAUGAGUGGACCGAGUUCGUGGGACGGAUAUGUGGUUGCGGUCGUUUGUGAUGCGGGUUUGAGGAGUCUGGAGGAUGGGCAGAAGCAUGAUGUGGUGUUGCCGGAGAGGCCGGGGUUGUAUAGAUGA